CCCGGUAACAGACGAUUGAUGGAUAUACGAUGUUUAUGGUUGCCAACUUUGGCAAGGUAUUGCCGGAAAAACAAGGUACAUCCUUCCCUUUGGGGUCCACUAGUUCCAAGCGAUUUCGAAGGAGUGUGAGGCGAGGGAAAACAUCAACGUCGUUCUGGAGCUGCCUGCAUAUGGACGCGCUUAUCGUCCCAGUGACCCGGUACUUCCUCCAGAUCUCCUUCGCAGUUCAUCACCAGGCAUACCCAGAGACGUCAGCUGUUCGAUCUUCGUAUCAAUUGCGGUAGGCUUUCAAAGCCUGUUAUAUACUGUAUAUGAUGUUUUUCGGAACGCUCCGGAGCUGGCUCACUGUACAGCAUAUAAAUUAUCGAAACUCGAUUCGGUCAGGCUACACGGGUUGGUUCGUAUCUCAGCCUAAUCUCGAUUCUUGCCAAAGCUUCCCGGGGCUCCUCUCUCUGACUCCAGGUCGUCAAAACUCUGAGUCGUGUAACAUGGUUGAAUACUCGCAUCUUUCCGAGAUCGACCCCGAAAUUGCUCCAGUCGUCGGAGCCAUUCCGCCCCUCGUACUCGACAAAAACUCGAUUAAUGCCGUACGACAAUACCUCAAUGGAGUCAUCGUUCCAAAGCUACAAAGCAAGUUUGAACCCUUCCUUCCACAAAGUUCUGAAUACAGCGUUACCGAUCAUCACAUUGACGUCGGUGAAGGGGCAAAGGUACUCGCAAGGUCUAUAGUACCCAGUACUCGAGAUGGAGAGGACAGCUUUCCGUUGUUAUUCUGGAUUCAUGGCGGUUUUGCCAUGGGCAACGUUGAUAUGGAUGAUUACCGACUCAGAAUAGCAAGCGUCAAACUGAGGCUUUCUAUAGUCAAUUGCGAGUAUCGUAUGCCUCCGGAACAUCAGUUCCCUACCGCUGUCGAUGAUUUGACCGCAGCUCUGAAAUACGUUGCCUCCCAUCCCGACGUUUUCUCAGCUUCUUUAAAAAAGGGAUUCAUUCUCGGAGGUGCAUCCGGAGGCGGGAAUGCAGCUGCGGUACUUUCAUGGAUUGCUCGAGACGAUCCUUUCUUCAGCGACAAACCAGUAACUGGACAAAUACUACACGUACCCGUCGUAUGUCAUUAUCAGGCCUACCCAGAAAAAUACAGGUCGUCCCUCUUGUCUCUCGAACAGAAUAAGGAUGCACCGUUGUUGACGAAAGAUAACAUCGUUAAACUGAUGGAGUUCUACAAUGCGCCUCCGGAGGACCCAAGGAUUUCACCUCUUUUGCUAUCUUCCCACAAAGGUCUUCCUCCUGCCUUCAUCCAGGUUUGCGGAUUAGAUCCCGUGCGCGACGACGGUCUAUUGUACGAGAAGGUGUUGAGAGAAGCAGGUGUUUCCACCAAACUCGAAGUAUACCCCGGCGCGCCUCACGGAUUCGAAUUGUCUUUCUUCGACGUCAAGCAGGCUGUAAAAUGUCGGGACGACUUCGAGAAAGGUCUUCAAUGGUUGAUUGAUAUCGGAAGGCGGUCUUAGGCCAGUUGUACAUGUAGCGAGAAGCAUUUGACGCAUUCCAUGGUUUUGGAUGGCUUAUGAACGCGUUGAACGAAUUAACAGAUCAGUCACAGUCAGUACAUGCCAAUUCUGCGACUUUUCCUUGACCAUGCCCAUCAUACAACAAUGACCUUGCCUUUCCACUCCGUGACCACAAGUCCUCCUUCUAUCAAUGUCUUCAGCUGAGUAGCGGCCGCUGCAUCCUCGAAUCCAAACCCGUCCGCCCGUGAAUGGUUAAUGGAAAGACCUGAGGCAUGGCACACUCCCUGCGGGAAGCAACCAUGCUCACCAGAACCUGGUCUGACCAAUUCCUGGUUCCAUCCAUGGUGAGUUGCGAC